UCCAUUGUACCAGCCCACCCAAUGGCUCCUCCUAGUCCCAGCACCACCAGCAGUAAUAACAACAGUAGUAGCAGCAGCAACUCAGGAUGGGAUCAAUUAAGUAAAACAAACCUUUACAUCAGAGCACUGCCUCCAAACACCACUGAUCAGGACCUGGUAAAAUUAUGCCAACCGUAUGGGAAAAUUGUAUCCACGAAGGCUAUUUUGGAUAAGACAACAAACAAAUGCAAAGGUUAUGGUUUUGUUGACUUUGACAGCCCGGCAGCUGCUCAGAAGGCGGUUUCUGCUUUAAAGGCUAGUGGAGUCCAAGCACAGAUGGCAAAGCAACAAGAACAAGAUCCGACUAACUUAUACAUUUCCAAUUUGCCACUUUCAAUGGAUGAGCAGGAGCUUGAGAACAUGCUUAAACCGUUUGGGCAGGUUAUCUCUACGAGGAUACUGCGGGACUCGAGUGGGACAAGCCGUGGUGUUGGCUUUGCAAGAAUGGAGUCAACAGAAAAAUGUGAAGCAGUGAUUGCUCAUUUUAAUGGAAAAUUCAUAAAGACACCAGCAGGAGUUUCUGUUCCUGCAGAACCUUUAUUGUGCAAGUUUGCUGAUGGAGGACAGAAAAAGAGACAGAAUCAGAAUAAAUAUAUACAGAAUGGAAGAGCAUGGCACAGAGAAGGCGAGGUGAGACUUGCUGGAAUGACACUCACGUAUGAUCCAACCACAGCUGCUUUACAAAAUGGAUUUUAUCCGUCACCCUACAGUAUUACAGCAAACAGAAUGAUCACUCAGACAUCUAUUACGCCAUAUAUUGCUUCUCCAGUUUCCACAUACCAG